ACGGAUCAGUCCGGCUCCGAGCUCUGGGAUGGCGGCCGUGAAGGCUCUGCAGCAGUGGUGCCGGAUCCAGUGUGAGGGCUACCGGGAUGUCUCCAUCACCAACAUGACCACGUCCUUCAGGGACGGACUGGCUUUCUGCGCCCUCAUCCACAAACACAGACCCGAUCUCAUCAAUUUUGAUUCGCUGAAGAAGGACGAUGUCUAUGAGAACAACAAGCUGGCGUUCAGUGUUGCAGAAGAACAACUGGGAAUUCCAGCGCUGCUGGAUGCAGAAGACAUGGUGGCACUUAAGAUUCCUGACCGCCUCAGCAUCCUGACUUAUGUCUCCCAAUACUACAACUACUUCCACGGACGCUCCCCGAUUGGUGGAAUGGCGGGAAUAAAGCGUCCAGCCGACGACCCCAGCGAUGAGCCGUCAGGGAAGAAGAACCAGGCGGUGACGUCUAAGGUGUUUCCCUCUUCUAAGCCUGCCCGAGAGAACAGCCCUCCCCCAUCCUCCAACAUCACAAAGCCACUUCCUUCCCCAAAUCAAAACAAAACUUCAACACAGGAGGUUGUGGUUGGAAAAUCUAAGCCAGGCACCCUGAGUAGCACAUGCGCAUCCUGUAAUAAGCACGUUCACCUGGUGCAGCGACAUCUAGUGGAUGGAAAGCUUUAUCACAGGAACUGUGCAAAGUUGCUGUCAUCUGCAAACACAAGCACGCCUCUUCAAGAUUUGACCACAAACUCCUAUGUUUCCAAAUUCACUCCUCUUACAGACCCGAGUAAAAACAGUACACCUGCUCCUACUCACACAUCCUCCAGUCUGAGUCCUUCAUGGGUGUCGGAGAAACCCACCACUCCCAAGUCCACUUCUGCGUCUCCAGCCCCCUGGGCUGCAUCAUCUAACUCUUCGGCCAGACCCGCAGCUUCACGUGACACCACUACCACUCUGACCCCAUCUAUCACCACCAGGCCGGCUGAAACUCCUCGGCCCUCGGCAACCGCUGCCAAGACACUCCAGUCCAAGCUCAAGUUCUUCCAGGAAGAUAACACAGCAAAGGUGGAGGAGAAAAAGACUUCAACCUUCAAUGUGGACAUAAACAAAGGCCAGAGUGUUGGUGGUAAGGCACCACAGGCCACGGCAGGGAAAGCUGUUACUGUGGUCGUAAAUGUCGGUGGUACUGGAAAAAAAGAAGUAAAUGAAAGUUUGGACAAAGGUGGGAAUACAGCUAAAACAACCGGCACUGGCUGGAAGGUGAAACAGGAAGACGAGAGUAAUAAAUCAAAAGCAUCAGCAGCAGCCUUCAUCUCCAAAAAACUGUCUGAGGAAAACAACAAUAACAACAAAAAGCCAUCGUGGGCGACUACAGUACUAAAUAAAACUGAGAAAUCUCAACCUAAAGUUGAGACACCAAAGAAGGAGAAAGAGGGAGCCGGAGGGAAGGUGAAGCUGAAGGUGAACCCAUCGAUCCUGUCUGACCUGCAGUUUGAAGACACCACAAACUCUUCUGAGAGCCCGGGCGGUCAGAGCGGGCUCAAGGCCAAGACUGCAGACAGGACGCCCUCGAAGACGGCCAGUACAUUACCCAACACAUCAGCAGUGAGGGAGACUGAGACUCCUUCAGACUGGAGGUCGAAGCUCAAGCCCGUCUCCAAGCCUGCUGGCCCUUCCACUAAACCAGGGUCUCAGUUUCCCAGUCCGAGUAUUUCUGUCACUCCACCGACAUCAAAGGGAUUACAGGAGGGUCAGAAAGGGCAAACAAAAAAUGGCACCAAGUCAGAGACAAAGAAGAUGAAGCCAGACUACAUUCCCAAAGAGGACAUCAUGAAGGAGCUUGAGGAGAUUGAACACAAUUUAAACGAGCUGGAAAAGCGAGGAGUGGAGCUGGAGGUGAAGCUGCGCAAAUGCGAAGAAGAGGGUGACGAUGACACUCACACGGACGAGCUCAUGGUUGAGUGGUUCGGUCUGAUCAGGAACAAGCAGUUGGCCGUGCGCCGGGAGUCUGAACUGGUCUACAUUGGAAGAACCCAGGAGCUGGAGGAAGAGCAGCCCACUGUUGAGCAAGAGCUCAGGAGGCUGAUGGAAAAACCAGAACAUCUGAAAACAUCCUGGGACAGGAAGAAAGAACAGCAGCUGAUGGAGAAACUGGUGGCGAUCGUCAAUGAUAGAAACGCUAUCGUGGAGGGUCUGGAUGAGGACAGACUCAGGGAGGAAGAGGAGGACGAGCAGCUAAACAAGAUGAUGCUGGAUUUCAACAUUAAGAAGGAGAAAGAAAAACCAAAGAAGGAAAAGUCAAAGUCUCCGAUGUCCAAACUGUUCAGCUGGGGAAACAAGAAGGAAGCGUGAUACUCUGCAAAGUACCACGCUGUUGUUGCUGUUUUCUUUCAGUCUUCCUUUGAUGUUUGCGCUGCUUAACGUCAGUGUGCUCAGCCUGUGAUUUGCGGGAUAACAUGGAUGCUGCGUGCGUUUGAGUGUACAGCAUGUGCGAGCAUGUGCAAUCUGUCGUUCUCGGCGCUUGUUGAAAGAUGCCCUUCCCUCUGUCAGCUGUGUCACUCAAGAUCUGACGCUUCUCCUGCCUUACUCCACUGUAUAUACACACACACACACACACACACACACACACACACACACACACACACACACACACACACACACACACACACACACAGCAUCGAGGGGUUAAUGACUCACCAGUCGUGAUGUGAUUGGGUUCAAUGUUCCAGUUGUUAGUUUUAAUCCCCUUCUAGUCUUAAUCUGUCUCCUUAAUGCUGACACACACACACACACACUUGCUGUCUGCUUACAUCUUCCUGCUUGUGCAUCUCAUUGAAAUGUUGCUUGUAUACAGUAACACUGAUACAACUGGGAGUCAAAGCCCUUCAAACCCAUCGUGAAACAAUCCACGUCAGCAACCUCAGGGUCGCUGCCUGAGUUUGUUUACUACAUUUGGACAGUGACCACUGUGCUUCUUUAGCUAUGUCUUAAUGAUAUGUAAUGGCGUUUUCUAGAUGAGUGGUUCCCAAAGGGAGGUCAUGGGAGUAGGAGGUCUGAGUCAGAGAAGACACAGUCACUACAGAUAAAUAUGAAAGCUGUAAUGAGGGCUGCUUUUAUGGCUGAGUAGAGGGAAAGGAUGCGUGUGGUUCGCGUCAUGUGACCUGAACGUGUCAUAAAUACUCAGUCGUUUGCCCGUUUUUGGUUGUUUUUGUUUUUAUUGAGCGCAUGAAAUGCAUGAAGUGGUCCACAUUGGACCUUAAUUUGUACAUGUUUUAAUAGUUCUGAGCCAAACUGACUGUAUACUGUCUGAGUGCCAUAAAUUGAUCUAAUUCUGAAGCAACUUUUUAAUUCUUUUGUGUGUUGUGACCAGAUUGCUCCUAUCAGAACCAGAUGUUGUGUAUAUGUUUAUGUUCUCAUCCCCUUGGUGGCUGUCUGACUAUUAAAAGGAGAAACUUGCCUGGGUUUUAAAUUAAUUGCUGUUUUAAGUAUUCUUACUUUAAUAAAAAGAUGGUAAAAAUGAA